CCCAUCUCUUUUAUCCCAAGAAUAUGAAGAAACAAUGGGACAUCAGAGCUGGAGAAAUGGAGGCAUUUCAUCUACAGCUCCAGGAGCGUGUUGAACACAUACAGAAACUGAAAGCUGUUUGGGGACUGAUGGAACCACUUAAAGAGCAUCACGGUGGGGAUGCCAGGAUCCCUAGUGGCACCAACACCCAAUCUACCGAUAUCAAGAGUGAGGAAAACAUUGAGAUCGAGGUCACUGUGAUGAAGGAUGCAACCUUAAUCAAAACCACACUGGAGGAGGUGAACAGGGGUCUUCAGGACACAAAUUGUCAGCUUGAAGAGAAGAAUGCCGCUCUACAUCAAGAACUCCACAGCACUGAGAAGAUGUAUAGACAGACUCUAAACGAGCUGACCAAAGCCCUGAUUCAAGGCAAACAUGAGGAAAAGCAACAUAUUGACACGCUACAAGACAAAAUCCAGACCAUAUCUCUGAAAGCCUCUGCUACCGAGCAUGCUCUGGCCAUGGAGAAGAAUGAGACAGCGCUACUCCGCCAGAGGAUUGUUCAACUAACCUCAAAGAAGCUGAAAAUAGGAAUACCUGGGUUCCUGAUCAAGAACAUUCCCAAGCGCCCGAAAACAACCAAGACCAACAAGCCCUUCUUGAAGACCUGCAAAGUUCUGAAAGCUUUCAAAGCACUAUUCAAGAGAUGAAGGCAAUGCAUACAAUUGUACAUUUGGUGCAAUUAUUCUCAGGACACGGGGUGAGGCAGAGUACAAUAAAUAAAUCCAGAUGCCUUAUUCCAUCAAGAAGUCUUCUUUAAAAUCAACCAAGCUAAAUUGAACACGUGUUUUAUGUAAUUUAUAUGGUAGGUCUCAUUAGAUAUCAUCCAACUCUUUAAAAAUGUCUUUGUAUGCAGAUUUCUGCUCUGUUGCCAUUAGGUAAGAUACAACUCCAUGGGGCUUACCUGCCAAGACCUCCAUGGAAGCCACAUAACCCAUCAUUUACCAAAGACAAAUGAUAGGACAAUGAUGAAGUCUAUUAUCUAGGUCUCCAGGGCUAUUUUGGUGACGGGAAACCCCCACGUGAAGGUCGAUUUGUCCCCACUUUGCAACCCAGGCUCUCUUUAGGGACCUGAGCUGCCCAAGAAACCAAAACAUCUGGACAUUUUAACAGUCGCAGAUGGUUUACUUAAUUACUUUGCGAAGAAGCACGAGAAGGACAAGAGUGGACGAAUAGAUGUCCAUUAAGCGAGACGCGCGAGUUAGCCUAGAAACAAAGGGAAAUGUAGGCCUAUACUAAUUUAUGAAAAUAAGAACAAAUCCUCUUUCUCGUGAGUGUUGCGGGUGUAAACUUGUCUUGCAUAAACUAAUCUUGGAGGAUUGCAUACGGGUAAAUGAAUGUAUUUAAAUGUUUCGCUCAAGUACGAGAAGAACAAGAACAACAUUUACCCAACACAUUAGAUUUGUGCAGGGUAAAUACUCAUGAUAAUGGCAAAAAGAUGUAAUUAAAACUAAAUGUAUAAGCCUACUUUGCGGAAAGGAAUGACUAAAUAUAUAUCCUAUAGGGAAAUAAGGAGACCAAACAAUAGUGAAAUUAGUGAAAUUCAACAAUGUGCUUUAGUAACGACAGAGACACACUGAGUCUGCUUCGUCACACAGUAUAAUAAGUGUUUGACUUAAAUUGGGUUUAACAUAAAAACGGAAGUUAAUUGCCUAUUAAAGAAGGCACGUUUAAAUAUAGAUGCUCUGGUGUCUGGUCCCUUACAGAUUGUUAGGCCUAUACAUUUGAUU